AUGGAUCUCAAGACGUUGAAUCAAUUUUCGCCGUUGACAAAGCUUACCGUUCCAAAUCACAGAGAUGUACAAGUCAGGACAGACCAGUUGAUAACUUACGAACGAUCGAAACGAAAGUCUUCUCUUCAUGAUGAUGAAGAUCUUAUUUCGAAACGCCGAUGCUUAGAUUUUCAGCGAAAAAUAGAAGACAACGAGUGUGCAAACGACGGCGUUUUCGUUGCGCCUCCUAGGUUUAAAAGUGGUCAAGUGUCUAUACGACAGCGUUCUGACGCUCCUCUCUCUUCUCAGGCGGUGAAACACGACGAGUUUGCAAACGAUGCUUUCUACAAGCCUUGGUUGGAUAGUUUCCGGCUGAAACGACAGCGUUUGGGUGACGAUGAAGAUCCUUCCUCUUCUUCUUCUCCAUCUGAAGUUGAUAUCGCUGCUCUCACUCUCUUACAGUUUUCCUGUGAUAGACGCCAUCCGCAAACACAAACGCUAACGCGGCCGCAGCCGCAAACUCACAAAACUCAACUGCAGAGGCCGCCGCCGCAACUUCAAUCACAAACUCAAACGGCGCCUCCUAAGUCUGAUUUGUUCAAGUGUAGCAUCUGUGAAAAAGUGUUUACUUCGUAUCAAGCUUUAGGUGGUCACAAAGCUAGCCACAGUAUUAAGGCCGCGCAACUUGAAAACGCAGGCGCAGACGCUGGAGAAAAAACGCGGUCAAAGAUGUUGUCACCGUCUGGGAAAAUCCACAAGUGUGAUAUAUGUCAUGUUCUGUUUCCCACCGGACAAGCCCUAGGUGGACACAAACGCCGUCACUACGAAGGCCUUCUCGGCGGUCACAAACGCGGUAAUGACGAGGCUGUUCUCAAGUUGAGUCCCAAUAGCAAUAAGAGCGUUGUAACAAAAGUGUUAGAUGCAGAACAGAGUUUAAGGGCAAGUGACAACAUUCACAAACGCAAUCAGGACGAGGUUGUUCCCAGCAGAGACAAGUGGAGUCUCAGUAAUGUGAGUGUUGUUAAAAAUGUGUUGGAUCUAAAGCUGAGCCUAGGGGAAAGUGACGGCGGUCACAAAGACAGUCAGGACGAGGUUGUUGUUCAUGAAGACAAGUGUAGUCCUAGUAGCAAUGGGAGUAUUGUAACAAAUGUGUCCGAUCCAGAGCAGAGCGUAAGGAGAUUGAUAGAUCUUAAUAACCCGCCUUCACUCGAGUUUGAUCAAUCUAGAGGCGGAGACGUGGAGGAAGUUGAAAAAGAGGUAGUAUUGGCUCUUUCAUCACAGAUGAAACAACCGUCUAAGGAUGUGUCCGCUCUGAUCAAACGAUUAGAAUUUGCGAUGCAAGAAAGAAAAGAUGGGUUACUAGCCGACGACAAUGUUUUGAUUGAGAUGAUAAUGGAACUUGAAGGGAAUAUUUCUACUACUAAUGGUGAUGAUGAAGAUCCUUAUUCAGAAGGCAGGUUAAUAAAAGUGAUAGAACCGAUCGGGCUAGACGAAGACGAUGAGUGUGUUGAGAUUGGGUUGGGGAGUUGUGAACAAGAGCCAAUACAAGAGCGUUUUGGUGAUGAUAAAGAUCCUUCUUCGGAUCACGGAAACGUAGAAUCUAUCCGGCUAGAAGAAGAAGACGCCGUUUUGUUUGAGCCUUGGUUGAAAAGCAGGUUGAAAAGCAGGGACAGGGAACAGUCUCAACGACAAGGUUUUGGUGAAUACGAAGAUUGUUUCUCGGAACGCAGGUUCUUACAAGAAGAAGAAGAAGAGUGUUUUGGUGACGAUGAAGAUUCUUUCUCGGAUCAGAUUUCAUUCUUGGAAUCGAACCGGCUAGAAGAAGAAUUUGAAGAAGAGAAAGAAGCAGCCCGGUUUUCAAACGACAACGAUUUCGUUGAGCUUUUGUUUCAAGGUAUUGAACAAUCAAAAUCAAAACCAAAGCCAAAGUCUUGUUCUUAUUAUGAUGAUGAUGAUGAUGAUGAUGAUGAUGGUGAUGAGGAUGAUGAUGAUGAUGAUGAUGAUGUUGAUCCUUCCUCCAAAGACAUACGUUUAGAAGAAGAAAACGAGUGUGAAAACAGAGCCGUUAUUAGGCCUAGCUUGAAUAGUGUAGCACCAAAUCAACAGCGUUUUGGUGAUGAUGAAGUUCCUUCUUCUUCUUCUUCUCUCUCCAAAGAUGAAACCGCUGCUCUCUGUCCCACACCGCAUUCACAAACACAACCGCAAUCGCAAACCCAACUGCAAAAGGUGACCCAACCUCAAACGCAGAUGCUGCCUAAGUCUGAUUCUUACCAGUGCAACGUCUGUGGAAGAGAGUUGCCUUCAUAUCAAGCUUUAGGUGGUCACAAGGCUAGCCACAGGACUAAGCCGCCUGUUGAAAACGCAACUGGGGAAAAAAUGCGGCCAAAGAAGUUGGCCCCAUCUGGGAAAAUCCACAAGUGUUCUAUUUGUCACCGAGAGUUUUCAACGGGACAAUCCCUCGGUGGACACAAACGCCUUCAUUACGAAGGAGUUCUCCGCGGUCACAAACGCAGCCAGGAGAAGGAGGCUGUUUCCCAAGGAGACAAGUUGAGUCCUAGUGGUAAUGGGAGUGUUGUAACACAUGUACCUGACCCAAAGCAGAGCCGAAAGGGAUUGAUAGUUAUUAAUAAAGUGCCAUCGCCGGAGUUUAAUGAUCCCGGCGACAAAGACAUAUUGGAGGGUGAAAGUGCAUUGUUAGCAAACAAGCUUGAACAAGAUAGAGGAAUUACCAGUACUCGCAUGAUUAACGGUUUGAAAUUUUUUAACUUUCUGUAAACUGAUUUACACACUUGUUUUGUUUUGUUUUAUUGAAUUCUCUCAUAUAGAUUGGUCAAUUUUAGAUUAGGUUAGUUGAUGACAUCUAUCUAUGUUGAUGUCAUCUCAUUCCCUGAUGUGGGACAGUUUUGGGCUUUUUUUAUACGAGUAUUACGGAGCUUUUGGAGGUUCGACAAAAGCAAAAGGAACCAUUAAAAUUG